UAAAGCUCUCCAUGGAAGUUCCAGCCAUGCUUCGAUAUGCGCUGGAUUCUCUCCUUGGCAAGUCUCCCUGUCUACCAACCACUCUGGGCGGAAGUCGCGGAAGCUGAUCGUAACGAACUUGAAGUUGAGGAAGGCGACCAGCUUGGCAAUGGCUUAUGUUGGUACAACAGCAACCGGAAUUACACUCGAUGUUGUGUAGAUGCUGAUCCGGAAUGUUGGAUAGGGAUUUGGGUCACUGCAGAUCUAUGUUGCCAUGCUAUGAGCCAGCAGCAGCAACAAUGCUUUGAUUCCAUGGAGUCACGGGUGGAAGCAAAGCUACAAAAGCUUCACCAAAUUAUUCAGAUGGCUGAAGAUGCUGGAUUGGAAAAAGAGGUGUAUAUUACUGGAGUUCAAGCUUCCAGCUAUGAAGUUUUGCUGGCCCAGCCACUUUCAAUGUGGUCAUGGGCCUGCAGUGCACCAGAUUCUCCUUUGCUUUGGAGCAUUGAUUGCGCCUGUUGCGAGCCGGUGGAGACGACCUGUGAGGUUGAGGCUGUUGAAGAGGCCACGACUUGGCUGAGUUUCUUAAAGUGUUGCUAUGGGAUCUACCGACGGAAAAUUCUGGAGCCGCCAGAUGAAGCUCUUGAGCAUUCGAUUCGAAUGCAACUGGAAAGUCUGAGACCCAGCCGUCAGAGAAUCCUGCAGGAUGGGCCGAAGCUUUCUUGGAAUCUUGGAGGUGAAUCUGUUGCUCGUGGCUGUGUUGUUUCUGUUCAUGAGAACGGAACUGUUUCAUCUUGCUCAGAAGAGUACGCUUGCCAGGGAUUUGACUGCUCAUUCUUGAGAGCUGUGCGUUUAGCUCUCCAAGUCAUACAAGCAAUAAAUCCACUUCCAGCGUUCGACUUCGUUCUCAAUGCAGGAGAUGAGACUUUGGGAAACACCUUUGCUGAGGCUCCCACUUUUACACGUGGAGGUUCUUGGUGGACAGACACAGUCAUCCUACCUCAUGAGUGGCAAAUGCAUCCUACCCAGUGUGGACGAAGCAUCAAGGUAGGCAUGAAUGCAAUGGGAAUGAUCAGAUGGGAAGAUCGUAAGACUCUGUUGAUUUGGCGUGGGUCGCAUUCAAACCUUUGGACCCCACAUUGCAAAAUGUAUCAGGCAGCAAGGAAUCACAACAUGCUGGGAAGAUGUGUCACACCAGAUACACGUGAGCCUGUUUGGAAUUUCAGCACUUGGCUUCAGAUGCCAAGGGGAAGGUUGGUCAUGUCAACCCGCUUCUUCCCAAGCUUGAUCGAUGCAAAAUUCGUGGACUCCAAAGUGAAGCCCAUGAGUCAAGAUCUGGAGGAGUUUCUGCGUGAGGAGGGACUCUUUGGAGAACGUAUUGAGGGAGAAGAUCUUGCUCGUUACAAGUACCACAUUGCAAUUGAAGGGAAUUGUGCAGCUGACCGGGUGGUUUGGCAGCCUUUUCUGGGGUCAGUCUUGCUGAUCCCAGAUGGCCCCUGGGUUCAUGUGUCUCCGGUGAAGAUCAUGCAACCUUGGGUUCAUUAUGUUCCAGUGAUGCUUUUCGGCUGCAAAAGAUGA